GUUCAGGCGGCGCGGGCCGGGCCGGGGCGGGGUGCGGUGCGGCGCCGUUUGUGUUCUGGGCUCUCGGCCCGCGCGCUCCUCCCCGUCCGCGGCGUGCGGCGGCUGUAGCAUCGGACCCCCGGCCCUCCUCUCCCUCCCCUUCUCACUGUUUGUUGUGUGUUUGAUGUGUUAAAGCAGGAGCGAGCCCGCGAGCAGCCAUGAGCAGCGCGACCGUCGUCCCCGGCCCCGCGGGCCCGGGCCCCAGUGGCGGGCCGGGCGGCGGUGGCGGCGGCGGCGGCGGCACCGAGGUGAUCCAGGUGACCAACGUCUCCCCGAGCGCCAGCUCCGAGCAGAUGCGGACGCUCUUCGGCUUCCUCGGCAAGAUCGACGAGCUGCGCCUCUUCCCGCCGGAUGACUCGCCUUUACCAGUCUCGUCUCGUGUCUGCUUUGUUAAGUUCCAUGAUCCGGACUCGGCAGUUGUGGCGCAGCAUCUGACAAACACUGUAUUCGUUGACAGAGCUUUGAUAGUCGUACCGUAUGCUGAAGGAGUCAUUCCUGAUGAGACGAAGGCUUUGUCUCUGCUGGCGCCAGCUAACGCAGUGGCAGGUCUUCUGCCUGGUGGCGGACUCCUCCCCACGCCCAACCCACUUACCCAGAUUGGCGCUGUUCCGCUGGCUGCUUUGGGCGCUCCCACCCUGGACCCUGCCCUCGCUGCCCUGGGGCUUCCUGGAGCAAACUUGAACUCUCAGUCUCUUGCCGCAGAUCAGUUGCUGAAGCUUAUGAGCACCGUUGAUCCCAAGUUGAAUCAUGUAGCUGCUGGUCUUGUUUCUCCAAGUCUGAAGUCAGACACGUCUAGUAAGGAAAUAGAGGAGGCUAUGAAAAGAGUCCGGGAAGCACAGUCGCUGAUCUCCGCUGCUAUAGAACCAGAUAAGAAAGAAGAAAAGAGAAGGCAUUCAAGGUCCAGAUCGCGUUCUAGGAGGAGGAGGACCCCCUCAUCUUCCAGACACAGGCGAUCAAGAAGCAGGUCAAGGAGGCGAUCACAUUCUAAGUCAAGGAGUAGACGACGAUCCAAAAGUCCAAGACGGAGAAGAUCCCAUUCCAGAGAGAGAGGUAGACGGUCAAGGAGCACAUCAAAGACCAGAGACAAAAAGAAAGAAGACAAAGAAAAGAAACGCUCCAAAACACCACCAAAAAGCUACAGCACAGCCAGACGUUCCAGAAGUGCAAGCAGUUUGCACGUUUGCAAUUCCAGAGAGAGGCGAAGACGAAGAAGCAGGAGUGGAACAAGAUCACCCAAAAAGCCUCGGUCGCCUAAAAGAAAAAUGUCUCGGUCCCCAUCCCCACGAAGACAUAAAAAGGAAAAGAAGAAAGACAGAGACAAGGAGCGGAGCAGAGAUGAAAGGGAACGAUCAACAAGCAAAAAGAAAAAGAGCAAAGAUAAGGAAAAGGAGCGGGAGAGGAAGUCUGAGAGUGACAAGGAUGUGAAAGUCACACGGGACUACGAUGAGGAGGAGCAGGGCUAUGACAGCGAGAAGGAGAAGAAAGAGGAGAAGAAGCCUGUGGAAGCCGGGUCCCCCACGGCCAAGGAGAGCUCCGUGGAGAAGGUGGCUGGCGACGCGCUGCGAGAGUCCAAGGUGAACGGAGAUGACCACCACGAGGAGGACAUGGACAUGAGCGACUGAGCCCGCGGGCCCCGCCACGGCUCGCUCGGCCUGCGUGUGCCUCUCGCAAACACGCACGCAGCUCUGAGUUACAGGUGGUUGUAGAGCUCCUGAGGCUGAUGUGCGUUCUUUACGUCCGGAAGCUUGUAGCAAAUGGUACCUUGGUAACAGCUCUGGUCGUGGUGAGAUCUGGCAGAGCAGCCAGGAGCCUUACUGUCCCCGGGCUGCUGCGGCACGAAAGUGACAGCUGCAUGCGGCCACAGCAGGCAUGGAUCGUCUCUGUCGUGUGAGCUCCUUUCUUACGUAUGUUCACUUAUAGUCUCUAGAACUUGGUUCAUUGCCGUACUAGGGCCAUGUAGGGAAUGCGCUGAUUGCAUGCUAUUGUGGCAAGAAUACCCUAAACGUCAUUGCGCCCCUCCGGCAGGGCGGGUGGAUCUCCUCUGGUCUUGUUUGUUGACAUGACAAAGUAACACUCGUAGAGUCACAUCUGGAAAAGAGCACCUGAAGUAGAUAAUCCUCAAACCUUGUGGCGCAAUUUUGUGGCUUUUGUUUAACUUUGAAAGGUUAUAUGUGCACUAACCUUUUUUGAUGGCUAAUUAGGCUUUAAUUACAGAAGCAAGGUUUCACCUAAAACUGUCUUUGGCAGUAAGUAAAUUAGCAUAUUUUGAGGUAGAAUUGUAUACGUUUUCAUAGGUGUUCCGGAAUUUUUUUCCUGAAAUAAUUUAUUCCACCUCCAUAUCAGUGAAGCUAUCCACCUCUCCCGCGUAUGCCUAUAAAACUUAAUCUCUCGUCCUGAUUUUCAGUUUCCCAGUUUAUUGUUUUCAGCUCAGUGUUGGAAAAAAGGGGAUAGUGCAUCUUAAAUUGAUCAUCAUAUACUUUAAAACAAAUCUCCUUGAUAAUGUACUUCUAUUUGAUCUCAAGUUGUAUAAAACCAAUAAAUUUGUGUUCUUAUUACUGCAGUAGUAACCUUAAUGCACACAGUGAUUAUCUGCAAAGUAGUUAGGCAACUGUUUUCUUAGUUACAGGAGUUUCAAGCUUUACUUUUGUGCAGUAAAAACAAAAGGAGGCUACAGUCCGUGCCAUGUUGAUGUACAGUUUCUGAAAUUGUUUUACAAGACUUUGAUAAUAAAACCCUUAAACUUA